UCGUCUGCUAUGGGCCUACCACAUUCACCUUGUAAUGUCCGCAAAUAUGGCUUGGUGUGCUAAGGAAGGCCUUGAGCGUGAAGAAAACUAACACUUGUACAGCUAACGCAUCAUUCUGGUGGGUCGUGCGAUGCAUCAGCAUGCACUGCGCAAGUUCCUGGAACGAUGAAUUACAACUUGUAUUGGCCCGCAACGAGGCAGUGAAGCUCGACCUGCAUUUGCGUUUACUGAUGCCGUCCCUGAACUUGGCCUUGACGGCCAGAUGCAUAUUGGCUGCAACACUUGCGCGCAGUACAUCAGCGAGCCUGCGCAUCACUGGGUUUCUGCGUCCAGCGAAGCCAUGUGGUGAAGAGUCACCACCUGCCUUGCUUUCGCAUAAGGUGCAGCACUUCUGCUACAGAUACGUCAUGAAUCAUGCUUCUAGGAUAUUGGACUCUUCUUGGGCAGCCCGAGUGUGACCGCGUAGUCUCGUCGAGGCUAUGCUCUACUGGGAAAGGCGUCUCACUCAAGAGGCUGCAGCUCAAUAGCGUACUGUAGCUAUGGCGCAGAAGUGCGCUACGGUUGUACACAGGGAGUAGCACGCUCUUUGGUUCGGUCAAGAAAGGUCCAACACUAAGUUCUAGUCAGAAAGCUACCUCUCCUCCAGCUCCGGUGAAGAAGCUAUCCUCGCUUACAUGGUGGCACAUCUCCGAUCGUACGAUCUAUGCCCUGAGAUCAUUGC